AUUAUCGCCAAUAGAGGACGCCUACAGGCUGCAGUCAAACAGAAAGUGGAAAGAAUCCGGAAGCGUUAAACAGUUGAAGCAUUAAUUUUGACUGCAGCGGCUGGAUACGUUUGUGAACAUCCUUCAGUCAGUGAUGAAAACCUGAGUUUUGACCCCAGCAAGAUGAAGAGACCGGAGUCUCCAGAAUCCAGCAGUGUGUCUAUGAAGAGCGGCAGAUCCAUGGAGCAACCCAUGAGAUUCAGUGAUGAUCCAGUGACCUCUGACCCUCGGAUAAAGAGACAGAGGUUAGAGUCUUCAGAAAUCAGCGAUGUGUCUGUGAAGAGUGGCAGGUCCAUGGAGCAACCCAUGAGAUUCAGUGAUGCACCAGUGACCUCUAACCCUCAGAUGCGGAGAGAGAGAUUGGAGUCUCCAGAAUUCAGUAAUGUGUCUGUGAAGAGCAGCAGGUCCAUGGAGCAACCCAUGAGAUUCAGUGGUGAACCAGUGACCUCUGACCCUCACAUGAUGGGAUUUACAUCAUCCUUUCACUAUAAAAAUCAAGGUCACAUCAGUCAGGAUAACACAGCAACAAUCCUGCAGAUGCAAACAUUAGAGACUGUAAACCUGCAGAGAGUCAAAGACCAGCACAAAACUAGCAUGAGGAAGAAGUAUGAGCUGUUAUCUGAAGGAAUUAAAGUAAAAGAGACUGGAACCCACCUGAGCCGUAUCUACACCCAGCUGUACAUCAUAGAGGGAGAGAGUGAAGGAGUGAAUGAAGAACAUGAGGUUUUACAGAUGGAGAAAACAGCCAGAACAAAACACUCCCAACACACUCCAAUCUACUGCAAUGACAUCUUUAAAGAGGAGAAAGAGCAAAUCAAGACUGUUCUUACUAAAGGCAUCGCUGGAAUCGGAAAAACCGUCUCUGUGCAGAAGUUCAUUCUGGACUGGGCCGAGGGAAAAGCCAAUCAGGAUGUAGAUUUCAUGUUUGUGCUUCCAUUUCGAGAGCUGAACUUGAUCAGAGAUCAUCAGUACAGUCUUCACACACUUCUGCUGGACUUUCAUCCUGAACUUGAAGAUCUGGAGCCCAAGAUUUAUGAGGAGUGUAAAGUUGUGUUCAUCUUUGAUGGUCUGGAUGAAAGCAGAAUCACACUGAUGUUUUCAGACGCUCAGAAAGUUUGUGAUGGGACUGAGACUUCAUCAGUGGCUGUGUUGAUGUCAAAGCUGAUGAAAGGAGAGCUGCUUCCCUCUGCUCUCAUCUGGAUCACCUCCAGACCAGCAGCAGCCAAUCAGAUCCCCUCCAAAUACAUCAAGCGUCUGACAGAAAUUCAGGGAUUCACUGAGCCUCAGAAGGAGGAAUAUUUCAGGAAGAGAAUCAGUGAGCAGCAUCAAGCCAGCAGAAUCAUCUCACACAUCAGAAGAGCAAGAAGCCUCCACAUCAUGUGCCACAUACCCGUCUUCUGCUGGAUCUCAUCCACUGUGCUUCAGAAGCUCCUGGAAGAAGAUCUGAGUGCAGAAAUCCCUCAAACUCUGACUGAAAUGUACAUCCACUUCCUGCUGAUUCAGAUCAACAUGAGGAAUCAGAAGUAUGAAGAGAGAGAUCCAGAGAAACUCCUGCAGUCCAACAGAGAAGUGAUUGUCAAACUUGCUGAAGUGGCUUUCAGACAGCUGAUGAAGGGCAAUGUGAUGUUCUAUGAGGAGGACCUGAUUGAGAGUGGCGUAGACGUCUCUGACGCCUCAGUGUAUUCUGGGAUUUGCACUGAGAUCUUUAAGGAGGAAUCUGUGAUUCAGCAGAGGAAAGUCUACAGCUUCAUCCAUCUGAGUGUUCAGGAGUUCCUCGCUGCUUUACAUGUGUUUUACUACCACAUAACCUGCUCCACAGAGGCAUGUUUAGAUUCACUGCAUGAUUUACAAAGAAGAGCAGUAGAUAAAGCCAUUGAGAGUGAGAAUGGGCGUCUGGAUCUGUUCCUGCGGUUCCUGCUGGGCGUCUCACUGGAGUCCAAUCAGAGACUCUUCCAGGAUCUACUGACACACACAGAGAAGAGCUCAAAGAGCAUCAGGAGAAGCACACAGUACAUUAAAGAGAAGAUCAGAGAUGGACAUGGACUCUCCACUGAAAGAUCCAUCAAUCUGUUCCUCUGUCUGCUGGAAGUGAAAGAUCAGACUCUGUCCAGAGAGAUUCAGGAGUUUGUGAAAUCAGACAAACAGUCAGAGAAGAAACUCUCUCCUGCUCACUGCUCAACAAUCGCCUACAUGCUUCAGAUGUCAGAGGAGGUGCUGGAUGAGCUGGAGCUCCAGAAAUACAACACAUCAGAUGAGGGCAGGAAAAGACUGAUACCAGCCGUCAGCAACUGCACAAGAGCUCUUCUUGCUGGCUGUAAUCUCUCUGCUCAGGAUUGUGAAAUUGUGUCGUCAGUUCUUCAAUCCUCAAACUGUGUCCUGAGAGAGCUGGACCUGAGUAACAAUGACCUGCAGGAUUCAGGAGUGAAGCUGCUCUCUGAUGGACUGAAGAGUCCAAACUGUCAGCUGGAGAUUCUGAGGUUGUCUGGCUGUAUGGUGACAGAGGAAGGCUGUGGUUUUCUAUCUUCAGCUCUGAGUUCAAACCCCUCACACCUGAGAGAGCUGGAUCUGAGCUACAAUCACCCAGGACAAUCAGGAGUCCAGCUGCUCCAACACACACUGGAGGAUCCACACUACACACUGCAGAAACUCAAUUUGGAUCAUGGAGGACAUUUAAGAAUCAUACGAGGACUAAGAAAAUAUGCUGUUUUUCUCACUCUGGAUCCAAACACAGCACACAAUCAACUCAUCCUGUCUGAGGGAAACAGAAAGGCAAAAUUUGAGAAAGAGCAUCAGCCGUAUCCUGAUCAUCCUGACAGAUUUGAGCACCAUGAGCAGGUUCUGUGUAAAGAGACUCUGACUGGACGCUGUUACUGGGAGGCUGAAUGGAGCAGUUGGUCUUAUAUAGCAGUCACCUAUAGAGGAAUCAACAGGAAAGGAGGGAGUGACUCUUGGUUUGGGUACAAUGAUAAAUCCUGGAGCAUGUACUGCACUGAUGACAGAUUCACAGUCUGGCAUAAUAAUAACAAAACUGACAUCCCAGCUCCUUUAUCCAAGUUAAAAAGAUUAGGAGUGUAUGUCGACGUUCCAUCCGGCUCUUUGUCCUUCUACAGUGUCUCUGACACACACACACUCACACUCAUACACACACUCAACACCACAUUCACUGAACCCCUCUAUGCUGGAUUCAGAGUGUUUGAAACGACAUUGACUCUGUGUCAGAUUUAACAACAACACGAUACACAAUGAUACAUUGACAGAGCAUCACAAAAUAACAUGCUGAAAACACCUGCCGUGAAGCUAAAGGAAAAUUUGCCUAAUACUAAUUUCUCGGUUUGCAGGUCAAAAAGGCAAUGCAGUUAACCCCAUUCACUCAUAGCUAUAUUUUUAUAUUUUUUUAAAUAUUUUUAAAUCAUCCUGAAAUGACUUUGAUUUGUUUUGACUGUUAGUAGCGAAGUGUUAGCCUUUGUUAUAAGCUAGUGUGAUAGAAGAUAUUAGCAUUAAGAUCUUGCAUUUUCUCACUUUAGUAAGACGUAAUCUGCAUGUAAACUGUAGUUUCUCAUCAAAUCUUCUGACCAAGCAAAUGUUCUCUAGUAUCUGGAACAUCCCGCCCCCUUCAAGACACUAAAAUGCAGCCAAAAUGCUCAUUUCAAGAGUUUACACUUAGCUCAUGGUUUAUAGCUUGUUUGGCGUGCUGUCCAGGGAGAAAGCUCUGAGCUCAAGGAAUCCUCAGGCCCAAGGCUCCCCUAUUUUGCAGGGCGCUGGGAGAUUGAGCUCAGGGCGAUCUCUAACUCCCCCGCUGCUGAGGCCAAGUUGAACUUCCUGAGAGU